AUAAUACUGUUUCACUCUUUCAAUGACAAUAAUAACAUUUAUACUAGAUAUCAUCGAUGGUCGACAUAACACAAAAAUUUGAAGUAUUACGAAAACAAAUUUUCCUACGUGUUGUCAGUGGAUCGAUGUGAAGUACUAGAUUAAAAGCAGACGUUACUCACUUUGGCGAAGAUCGCACUGCCUCUAUACUACGUUCUGGUUAAACGUAAAUUAUAACACUAAAACUAAAAACGAUACGAAUGGCGAAUCUGCCAAAGAGUUGUAAAUAAAUUAUAUCAAAUGAAUACGUUGUAUGUACACACUGCGGUCAAUAUGUUUACAAUCACAAAUUAAUAUUGUACAACGUUCAUCGCCAUGACAGAUAAUCCAAUUUUACACGUUUUGGUGGUUGGAUUCCAUCAUAAAAAAGGAUGUCAGGUAGAAUAUGCUUAUCCACCAUUUAUCGAAGAUACCACUGGUGUUUCUGCUGAAUGUCCAGCAGCUUGGAAACAUUUGCCGUAUUUAGCAUUGCCUGAUGGAUCGCACAACUUUGAUGAAGACACUGCAUACUUUCAUCUUCCAAGUCAACAAGAUCCAAAUGAAACAAUUUAUGGGAUUUCAUGUUAUAGACAAAUACCAUUAGAAAAAAUUAUUAAUCGAACUCCUGAUAUGACAAGAAGUACAAUCCAAAAAUCAGUUUGUGUACUUAGUACAUUACCAUUAUAUGGGCACAUUCAAGUUAAAAUGUCUCUAAUUACACAUGCAUAUUUUGAAGAAGGCGAUUUCAGUAAAAUAUCACUCUUGCAUGACACUUAUCACCACCUUAAUGCCUGUUUGUCUAGUAUAGACAAUAUUAGCACUAGUCCUCAUCUAUUUGUUGGUCUAUCUGCAGUUGAACUUGUAACAAGGUUUAGACAUAAAGUAUUGUUGCUAUUUAAAUUGAUGUUGUUAGAAAACAAAGUACUAUUUUUUUACUCUCCUGUUCGUCCACUUUGUUCUACAAUAUUAACCUUAUUAUCUCUUCACCCUGGACUUAUUGAAAAUGGACUCAAUAAAUCUGCCAAUAUUAAUCUCAGUAGUGCAUCCCAACCUUCUAGCGAAAACAAAUGUGAAGUUAAUGUUUCAAACAUAAGUCCAGAAACAGAAGAUAAUGAUCAUAGCAUAGUUAGUCAAAAAUCAAAUGAUGUUGUUGAUGAAGAUUUAGUUCCUAACAAUACCUUUGUUUCAAACAUUCCUAAAGAUCCUAGUAUUGAUUCUUUGGAUGAAGCUGCUAUGCAGUAUAAUAUGAUAAGCAUUGCCCAAAUCAAUUCUGAAGAUUGUGGAGUUCCUAUGUCUAUUUUUGAUAAUGGUAAUUUAUGUCAACCAUAUUCUUGCCUUUCAUAUAUGGAUAUAUUAACAGAUCCAAGUGUUCGAGGAUAUGUAAUCGGGGCAUCAAAUAUAUUGUUCAAACAAAAGAAGAAUUUAGCUGAUGUAAUUGUUGAGAUCGAUGAAGGAAAAGUAGAAAUAGAAAAUAUUGAACUUAAACGACAUUUACAUUUAACUACAGAAGAUCUUCGUUUUGCUGAUUAUUUAGUUAGACAUGUUGUCCAACCAGAAAAAGAAGAUGUAUUUCUGGAUGGAGUUGGAUGGGAAGGUGGUGAUGAAUGGAUAAGAGCACAAUUUAAGGCUUAUUUAUUAUCCUUAUUAAGAACAUCAUUAUUAAGUGAAGGAGCACCUGAAUUAAACCAUUUUAAUCCAUCUUUUAUAUCUGCUUGGCAACAAACAAAAAAUUACCAAAUUUGGUUGAACCAAGAACACCAAGCAAUUAUGGCACUUGAACCUUGUCAUCCAUUUGCUGGUCAAUUGUCUGUUGCUGAUAUGAAACUAAGAAUAUCACAUACAAUGCAAAGCAGUAGAAGUGGUCGAAAGUUAAAUCAAGCAGUCCAAAAUACUAGUAGAGCAGUUGCAUCUACGGGUAAAGUUGUUGGAGGUGCUAUUUCUCAAGCUAAAGGUGCUGUAACCAAUUGGUGGAGUAACCUAACUACAACUCAAGAUCUAGAAGAUGAGAAAAAUACACCUGUUAUUCAGGAUGUUUAAUACUGAAUUAUAUACAAUGAGUAUUUAUCUACUGUUUCUUCUGAAUUUUUUCAGUUAUACCAUUUUAUAUUUUAUUUUAUUUUUUGUAUUAUUGUAUGAUUAAAUCUUUAUUUAGGUUAGAUAAAUUAUUUUAAAUCUAUUUAUAUUUGAAAUUGACAACUAAACACCUAGGGCUUACUUACUAUAAAUUAUAAAAAGU